AUGUCGAAUGCAUGGGGAAAAGCACUAGAUCAAGCUAGUAUUGUCAAAGCUAGCUUCAAUGAUCUCGAGCGUACUUGUAUCAAAGCAACAAGACACAAAAUGAGAGUACCAAAAGAGAAACAUGUUAGAAAAUUAGUUAUUUAUACACAUGAAAGAUUAGGACCAAUUGGUGAUCUCUAUUUGAAUCUACUAAAGAGAUUGGAACAACCUGAUUGGAUUAUUGUAUUGAAAGGCUUGAUUGUAUUUCAUCGUGUAUUUGGAUCAGGCAAUAUCAGAUUCUUGGAAGAUCUAUCACAUCGUGGUGUUGUAUUCCCAUUGAAUAGAUUCACUGAUAUGGCUUCUACACAAGCUCAUCAACAAUCUGUAUUUAUUAGAAAGUAUUCUAGUUAUCUUGAAGAAAAGAUCUUCACAUAUCGUGAAAUGAAGUGUGAAUUUGAUAAGGAAUCAUAUAGUUCAAAAGGAUUAUCAAUCGAUCAACUCCUAUAUAGAAUACCAAAGAUGCAAAGACAGUUUGAUGCUUUGUUGGCGACUCACGUCGAAGAGGUUUGUGAUAACAUCAUCACAAUCAAUGCAUUCGAACUGCUUCUAAAGGAUAGCUUUAAGAUGUAUUGUAAUUUAAAUGAUGCUGUACUCAAUGUUUUAGUAUUUAUGAGAGAAACCAACGAUAUCAUCCAUUUCUUUGAUUCUUCGAGAAGAAAAUUCCACAUUGACUUGCCACAACUCUCACCGGCACCCUCCACCGUUGUAAAGGGUCUCGAAGAGUACCUUAGAGAUCUCGAAGACGACGAUGGUAGACCAAACAACCAUAACAACAAUAACAAUAGCAACAGAAAGAACAGCUUGGGUUCACAAUUUAGAGCAAACAAUCAGCUUGAACAACAAAAGAAGAUGAUGGACGACGCAUCUUUAAUCAACUUUGAUGAUGAUUUAUUUAGUUCAGCACCAACACCAACAAUGUAUUCAAACCAAACUCAACCAUCAUUCCAUCAACAACAUCAACAAUAUCAACAACAACAACAGACACAACAACAACAACAGCAACAACAGUCGUUGGCAAAGAAGCCAAGUCAAUCGUUCGAUCCUUUGGAUCCGUUCGCUAUCACCACUAACCAACCACUCUCACCAAUGAUGGCUCAGCCACAACAACAACAACAGCAACAGUAUCAGCAACAACAACAGCAACUUGGUAAUGGUGUUAGAAGCACAGGUACACCGUUGACCUCAUCGAUGUCGAGUCAACAAAACUAUAACCCAUUCAAUGAACCUGCCUAUAACGAGAAAGCACUACAGAUCAAAGCUGCAUUCGAGUCGUCAUCUUCGUCCAACUCUGCUCCAUUGGUGCCAAUUAACAGUAACAACAACAACUCGAUGAACAGUCUCAAGACCAGUCAACCUAUCAUGCCAAUGAACCAGAUGUCGCCAAUGACAUUGAAUAACAACAACUUCAAUCAGAUGAAUCAAAUGAAUCAGAUGAACCAAAACAACUUUAAUAACAAUAACAACUUCAAUCAGAUGAAUAAGAUGCCAAUGCAACCAAUUAAUAACAAUGGAUUCGGACAGCAACAACAACAACCACAACCAAUGAAUAAUGGUGGUUUCAACAACAACCAGAUGAAGAUGAACAGUGGCGGUGGAUUCCAAUCACAGCCAAUGAUGGGUCAACCAAUGGGAAUGAAUGGCUCGCCAAUGAACAACGGUGGAUUCAACAAUAACAACAACAAUAACGGUGUUCUACAGCCACAAAUGAAUCAAAUGAACCGUCCACCAAUGAUGAACAACGGCAUGAUGCAACCAAACAUGGGAAUGCAAAUGAACUCACCAAUGGGAAUGCAGCCAAUGAUGGGCCAACCAAACAUGGGAAUGCAACAACAAGGUGGCAACAUGAUGAUGAUGCAACAGCCAGGAAUGGGUGGUAUGGGAAUGAAUAACUAUCAGCAACAACAACAACAACAACAAAAGACACAACAAGUACAAAACAUUUACUUUUAG